AUGUCUCCCUCGGCUGCCACUGAGCCCAGCGAGCACCAGCAUUACAGACAUGUCAGCAAGCUCAUUUUCUUACUUUUUGUCUUUGGUGCCAUUCUGUUGUGUGUGGGAGUCCUGCUGUGCAUCUUUGGGUUCCAGGUGUGCCAGUAUGAAGCCUUCCUCAACUGCGCCCCGGUGCUGAAGGCCAUUGGGCCCAUGUGUGCCGUGAUUGGGCUGGGGACAGUGAUCCUGGCUCGCUCCUGGGCACGACUUCAGGUCCUGGAGGGGCAGCUGCAAGACAACCAGGUGGACCCCAACGGAGCCUUCAUCUGUGGAGAGAGCCGCCAGUUUGCCCAGUACCUCAUCUUUGGGUUUCUCUUCCUGACGAGUGGCAUGCUGAUCAGCAUACUGGGGAUUUGGGUCCCUGGAUGUGGCUCAGGCUGGGCACAGGAGCCACUGAACGAGACAGAUACCACCGACUCUGAACCCCGUAUAUGUGGGUUCUUGACUCUGCAAAUCAUGGGGCCCUUGAUUGUGCUCGUGGGAUUGUGUUUCUUCGUGGUCGCUCAUGUUAAGAGAAGAAACCGCUUAAGUGUGGGCCAGGAUGCCUCGGAAAAUGAAGAGGGACAGACCCAGAGCACGGAAUCUGUCCAGGUCACUGUAGGUGAUGCAGUGAUAAUAUUUCCACCUCCUCCUCCACCCUACUUUCCUGAGCCUUCAGCUUCUGCAGUAACACAAACUGCUCCGGCUAACAGUUUGCUUCCGAAUGAAAGUCCACCUUCAUAUUACAGUAUUUUUAACUAUGGCAGGACCCCAACUCCUGAGGACCAAGGAACAGCCUCUGAGAGAGAUCAUGGAUCUGUAUAUACUAUUUCUGGGACUAGGCCAUCCUCUGAGAUCUUACCCACUCCACAUCUUCCAUCUGAAUCACCUCCCAGAUACGAAGAAAAAGAAACCACUGCAGCUACAGCCCUGUCUCCAUCUUCCGUGCCUUCCCCACCAUGA